GCGCUAGUACCUUCGCUAGUGCGGCGAAACGCUGUCGUGUCGCGCGUUCCGAAUUUGAAUUUAAAAUCGAUCGAAAAACAUUCCGUUCUAAACUCGUGCUCGCAAUAUUUUUAAUCGAUAUACUGUCGCGAAAUAUUUGUGCAUGUGUCUGUCGAAGCAUGUGAUAGUAUAGAUAUACGCGAGUGAGUGUUUUCUAAACAAUGUUGAUGUCUACCACGUAUGUCAUUGAAGGAAACGCGUAGCAAGUUGCAAUCGGCGAAAAUGUGACUGUUAGGUCGGAUCAUACGUGUUAUCGACUAGUGAUUGAAAAAUGGCCCUUACAGACGUCAGCAUACUAGUUACCGAUGCUUAGCACAAUGCGGGAGUUUAUAAGGAUCACCUUGGUGUGUGUGUGCGCUUUUCUUUUGGCCGUGCAUGAUGGGAGAUGUGAGGAUGACAGUGGAUCAUCUGAGGUGACGGUGGAGUCAGAAGCAGCGGGAGCUAAGACCGAGGACCAGAGCGAGAGGAAGGAAGGCAAAAGUUUUAUACCAGGCAGCGUACGGCGAACUACGACACAAAGUAGCGCGAACACGACCCGGGACUCGCAACUGUUGUCUCUUCUCGCAGCAAGGAGGAGACAGUUGUUGACAGGGAGGCUGACCAGUCACAUCAACACCAUUGCGACCUUAGCUCACAAGCCUCACAAAGGUAAUACUACGUUCGCUCAGCUGGAAAUCAAAGAUUCGAACAGCUCCAUUGUAAAGAAGAUUAUAUUCGACAAUUCUAGCAAUGAAGCUAUAGCACCGACAUUGAGACUUGUCUCCCGUGAAGGCAAUAAAGAAAUACGACAGGAAGUAAAACCGCAUGAAAUAAGGCACUUAUUUAUACCCCGAGUAUUGUAUCAAGAAAAUAAGAGCAGAGCAGGGUUUUUAAAUAAUAGAAGAAAGGAAUUAAUUAAUAAAACCCUUGUAGUAGAUACCACUACAGAGAAUAGUAUUGUAUACGUCCCUCCAGAAAAAUUGGAAGGGCUUGAUAAAGAAGUUGAAUUAGACCCUGAAGAAGAGUUUCAGGUUGACGAGUCUAAUCAUGGGCUUUAUUUACUGAAUUAUUCAGAUACAGACAAUAUCACGCAAAGUCAUCCAAAUUUAAAUAAAAUUGCAUCUACUAAUGAAAUUAAAGACAAUUCUAAAUUUAAUCUUGAUACGACUACACUUGCGUAUAUUCAAGAGAAUGAAAAAAUUACCACACUAUCAGAUAGGCAGGAGAAAGAAGAAAAAGUUAAUACAAUAGCAAACAGUACUGAAAUCCAUAAAACAAGAGUCGAUAUUGUAGACAAUGACAAAGAUAAAGGAAAUCAAACAUUAUUUAUGUCAGAAGAAAUUUAUAACCAUUUUCGACCUCUUGAAAAAGAAUUGCCCGAUGAAGAAAUGGCCCCAUUUAUUUAUUUUGGUCAGAAGUUAGGAGGUCCGGGUUUCAAUGAUAAUUUAACUAAUUCUCCUUUUCUCUCAGCAUCAACAAAGUCAGUGAAUUUUAUAGCAGCACCAACAGAAAAGCGAAAAUUUAAUUCAAGGUAUUCUGCUACCGAAAAAUAUAAAAACAAUAGCGCUGGCGAAGAAGAAAUUAAUGAGGAUAUGGAUGUAUCCGUUGUAAAAAAUAUAAUAGAAAAAAAUAAAAUAAGAAACACGGUAAAAGGACCUGCACCAGCGCGUCACGUAGGAUUAGUUAAUGCAUAUAGAAAAUAUUCAAGUACAACACAGUCAACUCCAAAGCCACAGUCGAUUGCUCUAGUGAAUGUAACCGAGCCGAUUGUACAAAAUGUUACGCCAGAAAAUUUAGACAUAAGUAAAGAAAUCUCACGCUUGAAUAGCACUAUACUUCUAAAAGAUCCCAUUCUUAAUGGAAGUGUCACAAAAGACAUUUCUACAAACAAAACAAAUCUCACAUCAUCGGCUCCAAGGAAUUUCACACGAACAUAUUUUAAUUUACGUAGGCGGCCGUCUAGAUUAACUACUUUAUCUAGUACUGAAAAUGUCUUACCUGAAACGACAAAUACGACAACGACCGAAAAAGUUUCAACAUCCGUUUACACUGCUGUUGUCACAUCUGUAUCAAUAACUUCUUCUAUAAAAGGUCAUAAUAAAACGGAUUAUUUAGCUAAAGACUCAGAUAAUAAUACUGUAACUGAAAGUAUCGAAGAAAUAAAAAAUGGUACAAUUCCAAAUACAAUUUUAUUAAAUGAAACAGAAACAACUGUUUUUUCAUCUUCAACUCUGAGGCCGAGUAGACAUAAAAUAAGAAUAAGAACAACAACUACUGAGGGUCCUUUGAAUUCCAAACUCAGUUCAACGCCUGUGGCUGACACUCCAAAACUAACAGAACCUCCUCUCGUUAGCGACCGAUACAUAAGUGACUUUGGACAAGAAACGACAACUUCGAAGAUAUCCGACAGACUAGCGACUUUAUUUGGACUUAACAACACUAAUGAUAAUACGACAAAUGGAGUAACAAUGCGACCAAAAAAUAAAUUGCGACGACGUAGGCCAACAACAACUACUAGCACAACUACUGCUACAGCUUCUUCUACUUAUGCUUCUUUGACUACAACAUCUAUUGAAGCAGCAAACACCAGACCAGCAGUUUUCCUUGCAACUACAAUACCCACAACCCAAACCAUAGAUACCACUGAAAAUGUAAUUAAACCUUUCAUAGUUACAUCGCGAACUUCGUCAGAAUCAAGCUCCAAACCGUCUGUAUUAAAUAAACAAACGAUUAAUUAUUCAAAUGAAACGGCAGCUAAUAACUCUACGGUUCAGAGGGACGAUUCACAGAAUGAAGACGUUGUUAUUGAAGCUGAAAAAACUUAUACCGCAUCAUAUGUUUUAGCUGGUCUUGGGUUUCUUCCGGUCAUAGCUGUUGUAGCAUUUGUGUUACGAAAUCUCCUUAAUAAGAAAACCAAAGAAAUCGACACCGAAUAUGAAGGCUAUUUUGACGACGGUGGUGAUAUAAAGAAGGAAUCACCGAUAACUCCUGUUGCACGUCCCCCGAUACCUACUCCAACUAAACCCGAUCAAAAAUGGGAAUUCCCAAGAAACAAACUAAGAUUACAGACUUUAUUAGGACAAGGAAACUUUGGACAGGUAUGGAAAGCUGAAGCAGAUGAUUUAAACGGUCACGAUGGGUUAACACGGCUAGUUGCAGUGAAAACUAUAAAGGAAUCGGCUUCUCAAAAAGAGAAGCAGGAACUUUUACAUGAAAUCUACAUCAUGCAGAAGAUUGGAACACACCCGAAUGUGGUUACGCUUCUAGCUUGUUGUACAGAGCAAGAGCCAUAUCUACUUAUAAUGGAGUAUGUAAUGUGUGGUAAGCUGCUGACAUACCUUCGCGAGCGACGUUCCCGGCCUGAUCGUUUCAGCGGCAGUGGCGCCCUCACAUCGCGAGACCUCACCGUUUUUGCAUACUGCGUCGCGAGAGGCAUGGAUUAUAUCGCAUCUAAAGGGAUUGUACAUCGUGACUUGGCAGCUCGAAACGUGUUGGUGGAUCAUAACAAGUUAUGCAAGAUUGCGGACUUUGGCAUGUCGCGUAGCGCGGGAGCGUCCGCACGCGGUGGUCGCGGCGCCCUGCCCGUGCGCUGGAUGGCGCCCGAGGCGUUGCUCUACAACGUGCACAGCCACCACACCGACGUAUGGGCUUUCGGCAUUCUGUUGUGGGAGAUCGUCACGCUUGGCUCGACGCCGUACGCGGCUAUGUCGGGGCGUGAAGUACUGGCGGCGGUGGCGGAGGGCUACCGAUUGGAGCGUCCGCCGCACUGCAAGCCACAGCUUUAUCACGCAAUGCACGCGUGCUGGCACGCUGAUCCUUCACAGCGGCCCAGCUUUGCGACGCUUAAGGCGCAACUGGCGGAGCUGCUAGAUAAUGAGCCCGCAGAGGGUAACUACGUCGAUCUGGACUCAUUCUACCAGGAGUCCUCAGUCUACAGCGACCCGUCGGCCAUCAUACAUGACGACGAUGGGCUGUCCGCUGAGUACGACAGGGAAAGGCGGUGUUUUAGAGAAUUACAGGCGGGACCACCGAAAUUCGAAAAUAGAGCCUUUAAUUUACGAGACGAAGAACUCCGAAACAAGUUCAGCAUCGGGACACCGCGUAUGGGAGGAUUUGGAAUACGGGACAUAACUUUCAAUGAGAGGAACUUCUCUGACGGAGAGUUCAACGACCGGAACUUCCAAGAAAAGAACUUCCCGGAGCGAAAUUUCACCGAUAAAAACUUUAACGAUACGAACUUUACAGAACGUAAAGAUGGCAAACUAUCGACGUCUAGUUUCCACAGAGAAAGGGAGAGAGAUAAUCCUUUGGUCAGUAGGAACAGCUUUAAUGGGUUUCCGAGAAUUGGGACGAGGGAAAACCAUUUUCAAAUGACGCCAGAAGGUCGGAACAAGCGAGUGUCAGAAUUUGAAUGCGAUAUUUAAUUAGUGAAGUUACGGGAAUGGAUUUAUUUAAUUCGGUGGCCGUAUAAGUUAAUUGUAGAUAAAUUCUUCAUAGAAUAUAUUCUACGUGACUAGUUUCUGAAAUUGACCUUUAAAUGUGUCACAAACACUAAUAAGAUUUUUGUAUACAUCGUUCCCAAACCGUUUGUCUGCGUUGUAAGGUUUCAGAUUUAAUUCACCAUAAAGGGCUUUUAGUAUUUGUAGAGUGAUAAAAACCUUACACGAGUCCUACCUAAAAGUAUCUCUUGAUAAUUUAAAUGUUAUCUUAUUUUGAUUGGAUUUAAGAUAAUCCUUUUCUUCAUUGCGGCAAUGCGACCACAUGACAAAUUAUGCUUUAAGAUUUAAUUUCAAUCGAUCUGUGACUUAGAUCUGUGUUGAUAUUGUAAAUAAAUUUGAUAUAUAGCAGUAUUCGUUUGCAGUGAAUAUUUUGAUGUCUAACAGUAGAAAAUAAAUAUUGUAAAUAAUAGUUAUGCCGUUGUAGAAUAAGACUUGUAAAAUAUAUCAUAUACAGCACAAUAAUACGAGCUACUGGUCUUUGUUAGACACAAAGUGUGAAAGAAUUACAUAAACUCAAUAUUUUCUUUAUUUUUAAUCUGUAUUAAUUUUUAUAUUGUUUCGUUUUUCGUUGAUUUGUAUGAGUGGAUUUAUCUUUUAUUGAAGUAAAUAAUAAUUUCACUGUAUUAAUAGUUUUAUAUAUUUACCCAUUAAAUUAUGGUGCUGACAGAGUUUUUUUGUAUUCUUAUCUAUUGUUUCUGUAAAUAUUUAACAAAUUUUAAACAUGUGUUACUAGAAAUAAGGUUUCUUUCAUUUCAAAUCUCAGUUCAAUAUUAUCUUCUAGUCUCUAAAAUGUAUAAUUCUAUUGGAUUGUUAAAUGAUCUGAUUAUUGGAUAAGUUUAAAAGAUUUAUUUUCAAAUAAAUAAAGUAUUAAAUUU